CUUCCAACGCUUGUGCUGUGCCCUUCGCUAAGAUGGGGAGAGAGGGAGGGGAAACAAUGAUGUCAUCGCAUGACUGUGUUUUUAUGAAUGAAAAGAAUCCUGUGAGUGAGUAAUUCCAGGAAACUCACAUUACAACUCAGCAGAUCUCAGCCCAGAGCCCAGCUCCUCGCCAGACAACAACUUCAAACAAGCAGGUUACAGAGCAAAACCAUAAAGAAAAAGGAUCUCCAAGGGGAUAAAGAAGGGAGGAGAGCACCAACAAAGACUCGAACCAACGCACACACGCAGGUCCUCGUUUGGGGAGCACGACUGCAGGAGACAAUGUCUACAGACAGUUUAUCGAGCAAGGCCCUGAAGAUCAAGCGCGAGCUGGGGGAGAACACACCCCACCUGUCGGACGAGGAGCUGAUGGGGCUGUCAGUGCGGGAACUGAAUCACCACCUGCGGGGCCUCUCCAAGGAGGAGGUGGCGCGGCUGAAGCAACGCCGGCGCACACUGAAGAACCGCGGUUACGCGGCCAGCUGCCGGGUCAAGCGGGUCUGCCAGAAGGAGGAGCUGCAGAAGCAGAAGACGGAGCUGGAGCGGGAGGUGGACAAGCUGGCCCGCGAGAACGCUGCCAUGCGCCUGGAGCUGGACGCCCUGCGGGGCAAGUACGAGGCGCUGCAGGGCUUUGCCCGCACAGUCGCUGCCCAUGGCUCUGCCGCCAAGGUGGCCACCGCCAGCGUCAUCACCAUUGUCAAAUCUGGCACCAACCAGGCCACAUACUCCUAGUGCCCACCCAACCCCUCCACGAACUGCGUCCUCCCUCCAUGGCUGGGCCCAGCUCUUUACCCAGAAUGGACAGCGGCUGCCCUGGCUUCUCCCACAAUCCCUGCAGGAGACAGAAUUGACUUGAAGACCUUAAAACAAGUGGUCCCUCGAUUUCUCCCCACUGCUCCCAUCUUCCUUGAACCAAGCAGUAGUUCAGCCCCCCCCAUAACUUGGCAAGCUGGGUGAAAAUGUGCCAACAGGAAUCUCCUAGCUUAAAUAUUCCCUCCCUGACCAAUUAUGUACUGUUAUAAAAAGUUUCCUCUUAGCUACUCCUGCUCAUCGGUGCCUCCUCCCCCCGUAUUUACACAUGGGGCUCAGAGACUGCUCCCAUUUGUUAUUGGUAGGGGUACAGCUCCCACUGACGCCAAGGUCUGUGAGAUUGUGCAGGGGGAGAGAAUCAGGAGGCAGGCCAAGGACCUGUUCUGCUUUGUCAAGCACAGAGCAGGGGAUGGGAUACCCAUCCAGAGAGUAGCCAGGAAUUGCCAAAACCCUGCUGCCCUCUUUCCCUAACCCUGGCCCUUCUAUUUCAGAUUUUCUGUUGUGGCCUCCCGUGAGGGAGAUAAACUGCAAGCCUCCCUGCCCCCUUGUCAGUUGCAUUCCGGGGGUCUUCACUUCCCCAAGCUGCCACAGAAACCCCUGGAUCUCCUCCCCACACCUUUUCAGGAAGGCCCCGAAACAACUGCUAUUGAGAGCAAAUCGCAAAGGCUGAGUUAAGCCUGUCCUCCAGGGAUUGGGCAUUAAGAGGAGCUAGGGUAGUGCUGGGGGAAAGAGAGGUUGCAGUUUAAUGAGGGGGGGGGGAAGAGAGGACAAGCCUGUGCGUGAUGGAGAAACAACAGGCUCUCUGUAGCACGUGUCAGGACUGGCUCAGCUCCUAGCCAUUACAACUCAGCUCUGGGCUAGACAUCAGGGUGAUGAGCACACUAGAAAUACAAAGACUCAGCUGCAGGGGUGAAUUUAAGUUUAGCAGUGGGGCUAAAUUUCCAAGAUCUCCUGCACGGCAAGGAAGUGAGUUUUGAGAGAGAGACCAGGAUGGGAAAAAAAGAGGGCGAGAGAGAGAGAGAGAGAAGGAAAGAGAGGGAGAGUAGAGACACUAGAAAGAGGAACAAAGCAAGUGAGGCAGUUGGAUAGAGAAGUAGCAGCAGCACUAGGUUUGAAAUACAGGAGGGAGGAGAGACUGUUUCAAUCACGUUUUGUGACCGCAGCAUUUAGAAGACCUGAAAAGAACAAAGGAGGCACAGCGCGUUUCGGUCCUGGUUACGUAACUGGGAGCUGGCACAAUUGCCAAAUGAGCUGCAGAGAUAAGCAACGCAGAAGGAAGUUGUAGGAUCAAUCUGGUUUUUGCUGGGCGGGCUCCAUUCCUACAAAAACCAGCACAGCCUGAAAAGGCAGAUGGAGCCAGUAACCAGUUGAAAUGGGUUGGCCGCUCACAUUUGAUUCUUUAGCUUUAAAGAUGGAAUUUUAGGGGUGGGGGGAGAGACAGGGGGAGGAGAGCAGUGUCCUUUUAUCUCUGCUUACACACAUGCUCACACCCUUUCCUUCCAAUGGUGACAUUUCCUCCAUGGCAUGGUGGGACUCUUCAAAAGGCCAGCAGGAAGGAAAUAAACACAGCUGUAGUGGAGAUAAAAUUACUAGUUACAUGACAGUAGCACCUGGACAUCCCCACCAAGACUGGCACCUUGUUGUGCUAGGCACUGUACAAACAGAGGGGGAGCGGGCUCCUGCCCCCAAGAGCGUACCCUCGGGGGGGGGGGGGGAGGGAGGGAGAAACAGAGGCACACAGGUGAAGUGACUAGCCCAACGUUACCCAGCAGGUUGGGGGCACGCCUGGGAAUUGACAAGCCAAGUCUCCUGACUCCCAGUUCGGUGCCCUUUCCCCGGAACCAGGCUGGCUCAACCCCUUAGUUGAGGGAAAGCGGGAAGGUGGAGAGCCCAGGUGGUGGCUCAGGGAGCGGGGGAUAGUUCCCCGCUCCCUACCAGUCACGGGCACCUUUUCCAGUAUCAUUCAAAUAGGAGCUUGGGCACAGGAAGGAGGCGGAUUCAUAAAUAAACACAGACAGCAUAGAGGUCAGUAAAGGUAAUGCCAGGCAGUCGCCAUUCCGGCAUCUGCUAGGUUAGGUAAUUAACCCCUUCAUUUCCCCCACAUCGGGUUGGUGGUCCCUGCAGCUUGCCCUGCCACCCACCACAGUGCCGCAGCCAGCUCCAGAGAGGUGUGGCCAAACUUUCCCCUCCCCGCCUCAGUGUACUUUGUGAGAGGUUCCAUGGUUAGCCUCUCCCUUCCCCUUCCCCACUUUUGGUUUAUUUAUUGCACGAAUGUAAGUUAUUUUCACGUCCUCUUUGCCAUUCCGCCUCUCGGCACAGCCAGGAUGUUGGUACAGAGCCGUACUUUAUAUUUUAUAUAUGCAAAUCACAUUUUAUCUUAUACUUAUAUAGAGCAAAAAAAAGGUAUUUAUUUUCUGACGUACAGUAAGUGAUCUACCCGACUCCUCUGUAUUUUGUAACUUUACAAAUAAAGCAAGUUUUUUUCCACA